CCUAGUCGGAAAAAAAAGCACUAGGCCUAAAUAUUAAGAGGCUGUGUCUGAGGUUGGUGAGAGCAGGACUCCUUAUUCUGAGUUUGUUUAGUCAAUUAGCUUACAGCCUUACAGAAACAAACACUAUGACCUCUAUGGCCAUUGAAGCAGCUUCUUCCUCUUCUUCUUCUUCCUCCAAAUCAUACACAUAUGAUGUCUUUUUGAGUUUCAGAGGGGAGGAUACUCGCUGCAACUUUACUGAUCAUUUGUACAACGCGUUGCGUCAUAAGGGAAUUAACACCUUCAUAGAUGAUAAGCUUCCAAGAGGAGAAGAAAUAUCGGUGGAGCUUGUCAAAGCAAUCGAGGAGUCCAGGAUUUCAAUCAUUGUCUUCUCUGAAAACUAUGCAUCGUCCAGGUGGUGUUUGGAUGAACUGGUGAAGAUCCUUCAAUGUAGAGCAUCAAACAAACAAAUGGUUAGACCGGUUUUCUACAAGGUGGAUCCCUCAGAUGUACGAAAUCAAAAAGGCAGUUUUGGUGAGGCAUUUGCUAAACUUGAUCAAUGUAGAUACAAGGAUAGCAUCGGCAAAUGGAGGGAAGCUCUUUCUGAAGCAGCAAAUUUGUCUGGAUGGCCUUUUUAGGAUGGCGAGUAUGAGUCUCAGUUUAUUGGUAAGAUUGCUGAGGAGCUGUCUUCUCAAGUACUAGUCAAUUCCUAUAAUCUGGUGGUAGCUAAGUAUCCAGUUGGAAUAGACUCUUGUAUACAAGAUGUCCAAAAACUUUUAGAUA